GGGGCCUCUGAGCUGCUGAUCUUCUUCUUCUUCUUCAGCUUCUGCGCUUUGAUCCCCUCCGCCUUCUCCUCCCUCCUGCUGUUCUUGUCGUCGCCAUAGAAGAACAGCUUGUAUCAGACAGAGGGAUAAGGGAUGAGCCUAGUCACAGCUCGGUGGAAGAGCAUAGCCAAAGAAGCAGUGGAACGAGCCGCCAUUAUGGCGAGGUUCCUCUGCUUGCUGCACGUCACUGACGCCUACCUCUUCUCCUCUACCCUUGUGUAUGGCCCCAGUAUGUUCCCGACCCUUAACCUGGCCGGAGACGUCCUGAUAGUGGAGCGUGUCUCGCACCGCCGGGGGAAGGUGGGGCCCGGCGACGUAGUCCUUGUGAAGUCACCGGUCGACCCUCGGAAGACCAUCACGAAGCGCAUAAUCGGGGUUGGGGGGGAUUGGGUUACGUUCCCCGUCGGCCCCGGUAACGGUGAUCGAUCUCGAUCAGUCAUGGGAUGUCUUGGUGAAGCUAUGAUCAGAGGUCACUGUCAUCUUUUCCUCAGAGUGCCAAAAGGACAUGUUUGGAUUCAAGGAGAUAAUAUGUAUGCAUCUACUGAUUCACGCAACUUUGGACCUGUUCCAUAUGGUCUUAUUCUAGGCAAAGUUUUUUGCAGGGUAUGGCCUCCUGAAGGUUUCGGAUCGAUAAGCCACUGACCGGACAAGAGUCUAGUCUUUCACAGGAGAGAAGAUUAUUAACGACUGAGGAUAGUGAAAAAAGACCUGCUCUUUGAGGUUCAAAUGACGCAAACAAGAUGGCCCAAUUACAUGUGGAAGCAUUCAGUCUUCACUGCAGUAGAUUCUGUUGCGGUGUAGCAGGCAUUCGAUUCAUCGAGGAUUCGUAAGUGCCAAGUUACUGGCUAUGUCAACAUUUUUCUAACUGAGAAAGACGGAGAAUGUAGAGGCUAAGUCAAGAGUGCAGGUGGUGUAAGGUGACUCUAGAAUCUCUCUCUUGUUUAGAUUCUUGGAACAAGUUGUUGGCUGUAGUAGAGAUUCUGUGAAUCUUAUAGAUGCUCUCAAGGAAAUUCUCUCAACACAUUCAAGUUCUUGUCAUGAUUUCUUCCGA